UCGCGAUACUUAUGCGCUGGGCAGAGUCGUAUUAAGUCGAACACAUCCCUCAGCCAGGACAGCUACAGUAACGUCAAAGGUUUGUUGAAGCACGUGAAAGCAUAAAAGUCGUGCAACGCAAAAGUUUAAACCGAAAUGGCAGCCCCAGAUGCUUUCAAAGUUAGCUCUCUGAAGGACAAAGUGACUCUGAUCACAGGUGCAAGUUCAGGAAUCGGAGCUGGCACAGCGGUACUGUUCGCUAAACUCGGUGCCCGGCUCGCCCUCAAUGGACGGGACGUCGAAAAUCUCACCAAAGUUGCGAAAGAAUGCGAAGACCGUGGGGCAGUAAAACCUUUACUAGUACCUGGAGAUUUAACUGAUGAGGAUACAGUGAGGAGGACAGUUGAUGAGACCAUUGCGCAUUUUGGAAAGCUGGAUGUCCUCAUCAACAGCGCAGGGAUCCUUGCUAUGGGCAGCAUAGAGACUGCUGAUGUGGCCCAGUAUGAUAAGGUCAUGGCUGUGAAUGUCAGAUCCGUUUAUCAUUUAACUCAUCUUUGUGUGCCACAUCUUAUCAAAACUAAAGGCUCCAUUGUGAAUGUGUCUAGUGUGAAUGGGCAACGAUCAUUUCCUGGUGUACUUGCUUAUUGUAUGUCCAAAUCAGCCAUUGACCAAUUCACAAGCUGUGUUGCUCUUGAGCUGGCACCGAAGCAAGUACGUGUCAACUCAGUAUGUCCGGGGGUUAUUGUAACAGAUGUUCACAAGCGUGCGGGACUGGAUGAAGAGCAAUAUGCUCAGUUCCUUGAGAAGUGCAAACUGACCCACGCUCUUGGUAGACCGGGUGAAGUAGAGGAAGUUGCUCAUGCUAUUGCAUUCUUGGCAUCUGAUGCUGCAACCUUUAUAACAGGUGUCAACCUUCCAGUGGAUGGAGGUCGACAUGCUAUGUGUCCACGGUAAUGCUUUGGCACUGUGGUACAGUCACAUUUGUUCCGUAAAAGUAAAGUAACUGCUUCAAACAUCUUAGAAUGAUGUAUAUCUUAAUGUACACCACAUACUAGGGAUGCCCACAUUUUUGGCAAUCGAAACUGUUUGGCCAAAAACAGUGGAAAAAAACAUGUAUCAGUGUUUGGCCGAAUAAGUGAAAAUAUUGAAUCAAUUCAAUUGAACAAUAAAGCUUUUAAUGAUGCUUUAUAAAUGCAGCAAACAUG